GGGUGCAGAGGGCUUGGUGAGGACGUGGAGGAACCGGAGGAUCGCGAAGUCGAUGUUGAAUCAGAGCUAUCGGCAUGGGAGGCGUCAAUUGCAAAGCGGAUUGAGUCUUUAGAUGCCCUCGAGUCUAUGCUGGAAAACCUCCCCUGUGCUGUAAAAGGAGGAGUGCGGAUGACCACCACCAGUGGUCCCGCGAUCAUGACCCAGGAGUCUGUGCCACAGCAAAACUCUAGGCAUUACCGGCUGGUGUGCAGUCCGGCGAGGUUCGGCUUUCGCCCAACGACUCCCAGCGAGGCACCGGCACCCAUGGCCUACAUUCCCGCUUUGGUGUCUCACGCUUACCCGCGCAGCUGCGCGGCCCCAGCAGGUCAGCAAUCGGCGCAGGGCUGA